AUGAGGACAUAUCUAUCAAAGAAUAAUGAAUUAUUAAUAGUUAUUUGUAUUGAUAAUUCAGAUUGGAUGAUCAAUGGCGAUUACAGUCCGAAUCGAUGGGCAGCACAACAUCUGGCGGUGAUACACCACGCCAACUACUUGCAUAAUCAACAGGUACCUUACACUAUGUAUGUCGUGUUGAUGGCAGGUCUCAAUGCGAAGUAUCCACGUUACAUCAAACGACUGAUACUCUACAGUGGCAGUCCAUUCCAAGGAAGUACAGAGCAUCUCGCCGAACAAGCAAAUCUACUGCACAACAACAACGUUUCACUGGAACUAAUAACCUUUGGUGAUAGUUCACAUGACAUCUUAGAGAAUCAUCUUUAUCAACAUUCAUUUACAUCAUCUACAACCAACAAAAGUUAUUAUAAUAAGUUGAUUCAAGGAAAGAAUCUAUUGGUACCUAAUCUUACUAGUAUGAGUUGGUUGGAUUCCUAUAAAACAAAAAUGAACAAUAACAACAACAACACCAAUAAUAAUAAUAAUGACAAUAACAACAUUAACACUAGUAACAAUAACAAUAUUAACACUAAUAACAACAAUAAUAAUAAUAAUAGCAAUAAUAUAGUGAGUAAUUUAAGUGUGAAUGAAGAGGAUGUAGCAUCAACAAGUGGAAAUGGUAAUGAACAAUCUGUAAAUAGUAGUCGCCCAAAAUUACCAAUAAAGAGAAUUAAGAUUUCAGCUUUUUUACCACAAAAUCAACAACUUCGAGAACAGCAACGAGAACAGCAGCUACAACAACAACGAGAACAGCAACAACAAUCGUUUUCUUCACCUUCGUCACAGUUACAACCACGACAGCAACAACAACAACAUUUCCAACAAUAUUAUCAACAUUAUUAUCAACAACAACAACAACAACAACAACAACAUCAUAAUAAUCAUAAUCAUAAUUAUAAUCAACAUCAACAUCAACAACAACAGAUUCAAAAUAGUAAAAAAUCAUAUCUACCAAUGGUUGCAGGAUCUACUGGAGGUUCUUGUAGAAAAGUAGUUGUUGAUCUAUCUAGACUAUCACUUCCAAAGUCAAAGUAUCAUUUAGUGGUUAACUUUACACUGAGUAAACUUUUAGAAAAUACAGAGGAAGAGAUAGAAGCUGAUGAGCAAAAUAAUAAUGUAGAUGGAAGCUCUCAAAGUCAAAUAGAAAUCAAUAAUGUACAACCCGAUGACACUACAACAACAACAACAACAACGACAACCACCACAACGACAACCACAACUACAACCACCACUACGACAAUGACAACAGCAACAGCAGCAGCAGCAGCAGCAGCAGCAACAACAACAACAACAAAAGAUAACAACAAUAAUGUAGAUAAUCAACAACAAACACAAAAACAACAAAAACAACAUAAAAAGCAUACUAUUUAUGGUGAUCUAUUGUUUUUAUAUAAGAAUAGUAGAAUAUUGUUAGAAUUCCCAGCAGGUAAAUGUUUAUAUCAAAACGGUAUUGUAUUACCUUUGCCAGCAAGAGGUCAACUAUCACUGGUGAAAAUUGGUAUUACAAACUAUCAAAUCAUUUGGAGAAAUACAACAACAAUGAAAGUUGAAAAUAGAGGUUAA